AUGGGACAGCAACAUUCAGGAUUUGUUGUAGAAAUUGCAUCUCCUAGACUUGGACGAUUUCAGGCUGUUCCUCAGAAAGAUCCUGACGAAAAGCCGCCACCAGAAUGGAGAAUCACUGUCAAUCCUGCAGCCGAGUUAUUCGGAUCUCACCGCUUAAAACAGCUUAUUGAUAGAUUAUACCAUCAUCAGAAGCUUCUCACACCAACAGAUGCAAGACAGCUACUCUCAGCUUUAUAUGGAAUUGAUCCUACAGCUGAUCUUCUUCUGCCUUUGCUGACAGUCAUCUCAAAUUCAACGGCAUAUCCAGCUAAUCAAGUCUUAAUGAGAGAUUUAAAAUUAACUGAGAGGAUAGUAGACAUGUUAUGUUUGAAGCAAGCUCUUUGGCCUCCUCAAUGUCGACUCAUGCUCCUACAAUGUGUUGCAAAUAUGGCUGUUUGUCCCGAGAAUCUGAUGAUAGUCAAGCCAACGAUACCUAUAGCAAUAUCCCGUUUAUCUUCCACUGAUGAAACAGAAGUAGUAGUCGCUUUACAGGCAUUAACGAAUCUUUCACUUCGAAUAUCAUCUGAUGACAUUCCGACCUUUGUUCCGUGUAUAAAUGCUUGUUUAAAUCAUUUAUGGGUUCGUGGUGAAGCCAAUAUAAAUGCUCUUCGUCUUCUCGUCAAUUUAUCUUGUUGUCCUGAUUUGGUGCCAUAUAUGCUCGGGGCUAAACCUGUAACUGGUCUUAUACGAAUAUUAGAUUCUGAUCGAGAUGAGAUUCUAUUGCGAGGAGUUACUUGGCUGCUGUGCACAUCAUCAGCAGUUGAAGCUCUCAAUAUUACUUAUGAUACAAUUGCUUCUCAUAAUCAAGAUCCAUUCAGCAGUCCAACGCAAACCUUAUUCUACAGCAUAUUUGGUGCUAAAGGACGUGAAGAGAUGAUCACUCGUGCUAUUGAACUACGAUCUCACAACCAGAAAGAUAUUGCUCAAAAAUCACAACGUUUAUUAGAAAUCGUUUCUAAGAUUCCACUCUUACCGGCUCCAGGAUCUCAUUUGAAUCGUCUUUGA